AUGCUCUCCAGCCUCACAACAAAGCUGGCCCUCAAGAAGGCCGGCAUCCCUCGCGACAUCCUUGACUUUCAGCAGCAGCCAGAAAAGUCGUCUUCCAAGUCAAACCAGGAUGAUCAGCCCCCUCAGAGGGGAUCCUGGAUGUCGAUCCGAUCUCUGCCGCUCACUGUCCAGCCUUGGCUGAACCCUCCGCCCCCGUCCGUGGCCGUCGGUCGUGUGCCGGGCAUCGGGGACAAGGCGCCCGUCGACAGGGAGAGGAGGAUCGUGCUCGGCGGUAGGAGGAGGACGCUGCUCGUCUUUCUGCGCUGCGUUGGCUGCGCGUCUGUCUCGCAUGCCUCAGAGCAGGCCACCCAGAAGUGGGUAUCCCUCCUCGGCGGCUCCUGGGGUGUCCGCGUCGUCAUCGACGAGGACAGAGCCCUGUACGCAGCCUGGGGACUGGGCACCGGCGGCAUGUGGUAUCUCUUCAACCCUACCACCCAGGUCCAGGGCUGGAAGGAGACGGGGUGGCUAGGGGAAAAGGUGGCCGGGGCCAUUCAGAGGAAGGGCCUUGACGACAAGAAGGCCCCGAAGAAGGUCGCCGCAUUGGAUGACGACGACGAAGACGAGGAUGGGCCCUUGACAGUCAUGGGGAAUAAAUGGCAAGAGGCUGGCGCUUUUGCCAUCGAUGGGACUGGGACUGUUAUUUGGGGUGGCAAGGCCAUGAGGGCAGAUGAUGUGAUGGAGCUUGAAGAUGGGGCUAGGAUUUUGUUGGCAUAG